AUGGCGGACGACUCUUCGGAUGAAGAUGUCGAGGUACAGAAUGGAUUUCUUGAAGAACUGGAGAUCUUUCUCCCGGGUGACUCAGAAUCAGAUAACAGUGACUCAGCAGGUAAUGUGGGGCUGAUAAGGAAAUGGUCUGACAGGCGUUAGAUAGGGUUUUACUAAAAUAAGCUGUAAUUUUUAAAAAUCAGCUGUCAGUAGUAAAACAUGGCUUUUUAUCUAGUUUUGGCAUUUCUAGCCGCAUCGAUCUCCUUGAAGAGCCUAAACUGUACCUUUUUUGUAUUGAGAGAAUGAACAGAGUGUACUUUUCCGAUUUUAAGUUGGAGGAAAUGGUUAGUAAAUUGACGUAAAUUGCAUGCAUGCCUCUUUGCACGGUCCAUCAAACAACAUAACAUAACAGUCACGGGUAAUUUGGUAGUUCACUUUAGCGCUGCAGUUACUGUGUCAUGUCAAACUGCAAUUUACCUGUUACCUCUCUUGGUUCUUUCUUUUAAUAGCUGAAAUUGUACAGGAAAGUGAUGAAGAGCAACAUAAUGCCAUUAAUUUUGAUCCAUCUCUUCCUACACAGCAUCAGGUAUUGGAUAGACCUUCUUUUAGUCAUUCAGAAACAUAUAAAUGAUGAAUAAAGGGUCAUAAUUACUAUUUGUCCAGUUUGAUUUAAUUCAGUUGAUGUUACUUCAGUAGCUUCACCUUGGUUCUCUACUUCAGUUCUUCCCCGGAGGGGGAAGAAGUAUAGUCAACUCCCUCUAAGACGGACACCUUUGAGACCGGCAGUAAGUGUCCAUCUUAGAGAGAUGUCCAUCUUAUAGAGAGUCAAAUAAAGGGAGUAAAAAACCGCAGGGAACAACUCUAGGUGUCCGUUUUAGGGAUGUGUCCGUUAAGAGAGAGUCAACUGUAGUAGGCUAAUGGGGAUGUGCGGCUGGAUUGGGUCGCAUCUUCAUGACUGGAUUGACUAUUAUGGGGUUGCAUUUUUGUAAGAGUUACUAGAAUGGGUUCGCACAUUUUCAGGAUUUUGGAGGUCAGAAAAUUCUGGUAUUUAGGGAUUUAAAAAUAGAAAGAUAUACACCACAUUAAGUUUAACAAAUGUGUCAGUUCAUUUAAGGAUGACCAAGUUAAAAGGCUUUAUAUGGUAGAUACAUAAACAGAAAGUGACUAAGAGGUCCUGCCAGGAGAAGGGGAGGGGACCCAUGUCGCUUGUCUGAAUUUUAAAACAUCUCAUGUUGGUGUUUAUAAAUGCUUCAGGACCUUGCUGUCAGAAAUUGAACCGAAAUUCUUUGUCUUUGUCGGAAUUUUAGAAAAAGGGGAUAGCGAUGUGAUGAGAAGAAACCAUAUACAGUUCUGUAAUUUCUCAGUUAACAUUUCGUGUAUCAAACAUCAAUACAUCGCUAUUCACAAUUAACACAAUUCACAGGAGGAUCCACUUAAGCUCCACAGACAAGAGACGUUCUCUGAAGGGCAAGGAAAAUUGACAAAAACUACUCCUUCUUAGCAUUCAGCCUGGUGAUAAAUUAAGUCCAAACCACCAUUCUUUUUUGCUUAUUCUUGGCUUUGCCGUUACUGUCGCAAUUUGGCUGAGGGCGGUUGUCUCUUGGCACGAUUUCAUUUUACACCCUGUCACUACUUUGUUAGUGAUGUUGCUUGUCGGAAUUUACCCUGGCAGGGCCUCUGACUAAGGUGGGAUUGCGAAAAUUACUUUUUUCCCAACGAGUGACUAAGAUGGGGUCUAUAAUGUUACCACAGAAAAGUCUAUAAUGGAGUAGGGGUUCUGAGGGGCCAGCGGCACAUGUCCAGCAAAAAUUUAACACAAGUACUCUCCCCCCACCCCCUCCUGCCAGGAGUUCUUCAUUGGAAGAUUAUGGAGUGGAAAACUUAUAUAUAUUAUUAUUUCACAUUUUUUUACUUGAGUUUGUGAGAUUCAUACAUGGGUUAAAGAUCUUCGGAAGCUCUAGUAAACUUUUCUAACCAGAUCCCAGAGUUAACAGUCUCCAGGGUUUUAUCUGGGUGAGUACAUUAAAAUAACUGAAAAAAGUAUUAAUGUGAUUGCAGUAUCUUGGGGAGGAGAUGGACGAGUUCAGUGGUCGUACAUACUAUGAGCCUGGUUCUAACAUUGUUCUUCCACUGCUGAUGUUACCGGGCUUGGUCCUUGUCCCUGGGCAAACAUUGCCUCUUCAUUUGUUCCAGCCCCAGGUAAAGAGUGUUGUUCAUAAAAUUUCAUAAAGAAAAGUCUACAGCACAACAUGUGCUUUAUCAAUCAGAUGAUAUUUUUAUUUAUGUAAGUGUCACUGAGACAUAAAUAAAAAUCUUGUCAACUUACGCUAAUGACAGAGAUUGAUGUUAUAUAUACAUCUUUUUUGAAAAAUUUUACAAGUAAUUCAGUCCUUGGACUGCGAAAUGUGAAUUACAAUAAACAAUCUACAGCUAUCUAUUUAUCUACAUAUAUCUACGCAGCAGUUGCAUUUGGUACCAACUCAGGUAAUAAUCCCAAAUCAUUUGUUUCAGUUCCUGUCUGUUGCAGCAUCACAACUUGUGUAGAAACUGCAUCCUUUCAUCAGAGAAGUGCAAACAACCAAACCUAUUGUUUAAAGCCUGGCUGUUUACUACAUGAUCUUUUUUUUUUUUUUGCAGUCAGUUGCCAUGAUGAAGAAUAUUGUAGAAAAGGACAGGACCUUUGGCUUAGUGAAUGCCAGGUAAGGGGUUUGCUAGGUCUGGUUCAAUCUCUGACCUUUUUAUGAGCCAAAACUAAUACCUUGAAAUGAAAAGAUUGGUCUCUGAAUCAAUAAAGAACUGUACAUUAGUUGUAACAUCUUUGAGCAACUUGUUCAUUCUUCAAAUACCUGGUUGGCCAGGAAUUUGACUUACGUGUAACUUGGCAUGUGCUUAUAGCCAAAAAAACAUAUUUAUUUGGCAAUUUCACUAAUUCUUACUUCAAAUUGUGUUGCUCUUAAAUGUACUAUGACUUUGGGUUCCAUCUAAUAACAUCUCCUGGUCCACUCAUUUCCUUAGUGAAGAGGACAUUUUUGCACAGAGCCCAAACAGGUACUUGACAUUUGUCAACUUCGAAUUAAGCUUGUCUCACCAAAACUUUAGCAUCUGAACUGGCCCAUUUUUAACUCGUGGGUACGCGUGAGCGUACCACGAGUUAUUGCAGGGACUGAGAUAUGCAAAUGAGUCACUCGCUCACUCGUAGUAGACGCACUUCGUAAUUAAUCGGGUCCGAACUCAAGAGUGCGAAGAUCUAUCGUUUCCAAAGAAGCACGCGCUCGCCGAAGCUCGGUAGCAUCAAAUUCCUCGCUGAAAGCGUGCAUCGUGCACUACAGCACGGUUAGGAUAGAGGUCUUACCAAAUUUAAGACACGCAGGAAUCUUUCAAAUUAGUACGAUUCAAAAGCCUUUGAUCCGUCCAGGCGUUAAACUUGACGAGAAGAUGAGCAUUUUCUCUUCGACUCCUUCAACUUCAACGCUGGCUUGAUCUCCUGCCUUGUAGUAGUGUAGUAGGUUAUGUGUAUGAAUGAAUUUAUGGUGGUCAGUAUAAAACACUGACUGCGGACUACGGACUGGGACUGGGUAUAAAAUACGGACUAUAAAAUACGGACUGGUGAAAUGUAUGGUAAAUAAAGGCACUUCUUUUUCUUAUUCUUCUUCUUCUUCUUCUUAAGGACUCCCCAAGAUCACGGGGGGAAAUGGAUGUGAGUUUGAGCAUUACCUUUAAAAUAACAGCGGAAAUCGAGAUAAGAAAACAUAAGCUAAUGUUUUGCAUCCUACUUCGCGGAGGAUUUGUGUCGGCUUUGUAUCGCUUAUGUUCUUUCAUUGCCAUGAAAUGCGUUUACAUUGUUUUUUACUGUCAGUAGCCUGGUUUCAAUUAGCGUUAAUUUCAUCCGAUUGCUUCGAGUCGUUUUUUCAAUCGGUUAAGUAUGGCUCGAUCGUUUGCCCCGGUCGUUUGCUGGCGGAAGUUCCAUGGAAGAGGCAUUAAAACUGAGACUUUUCACCUAAACACGUGAUCAUCCUCAAUGGCGUAGUGGCUUUGUGAGGUCGUGUCAGCCCGAAGGUACCGGGUUCAAAUUCUGCUGAGGACCUUCUUUUUCCUUUCUUCCCUUUUUUCUUCUUUUUUGUUUUGUCUUGUUUGCCUAUUUGUUUUGCUGUUUUUUUGUUUUUUUUGUUUUUAAAUAUAUACUUAAAUAACUGUUACUAAAGUGCAAUAAACAGCAAGAAAAGUAUUGUGUUUCCAGAACAAGGAUAGUAUAUUUAUAAUCUGAAUUUCUAUCAUUUCCUAAAAUUCACUGUGGGAAAACCAGAGGUGAUAACUACUUGAUUAUUUUCUAAACAACGUACCCACGAGUUGACGAUAGUCUUUCUUUGAUUGGGUACUUUGAGGUUUUAAAACAGUUCUGUAGCAAAAAUUAAAAGUGGUUAUUGAAAUCUGCUUGCCAUUACAUGUAACUAUUAAUUUCCAUAGAUAUGGUAGCAGUCAAAACCAGUUGUUAGCAGCCAUUGGAACAACAGUUGAGAUUUUCUCCAUGAAAGAAGAAGCUGAGGCUGGGAUAUGCACGCUAAGAAUUAAAGCUAUGGGCCGGCAAAGAUUUAGAAUUAAAGAACUACGCAGACAAGUUGAUGGGUGAGUAUCAUCAAAAGAUCAGAGUGCUCAGUAGUUAUAGAACAAGUUUUUAAUACUGUAACAAUUCUUAGAACAAGGUUAGGGUUGUUCUUUGUAGUAAAUAUUGAAUAAUAUCAUUUGUCUCAAGAUAUUUGAAAGAGGCAGUGUAGUCGAGUGGUUAGAGAAUUGGACUCGCAGUCCAGAAUGCCUGAGUUUAUGUCCCACUUUGACUGAUAAUGUAGCUGGAUUUGUCAUUGGUAGUCCCAAGUUCAGCUUUUCUAGAAAGUAGCCAACUUGUUUGCUUCUGGCCUGUUGAAAAUCUUACGUGUUAAGUCAGUUCAUUUCAGUAAUAUACAUUUGUAUUAUUGUUUGUUGCUUCCCUUAAUCAGGGGCUGCAACGUAAACCACUUACUACCAGCAACUACCCUAGCCUCAGAACACAGCUAACAUUUUGUAAUGCCACCACUGGUUUUCCCUGCAAAAUGAUCUCAGAUCUGGGUAGGUAGUGCUUCUGAUUGGAUGAAGCAAAUUUUCAACCAGUCAGAAGAAAAGUACCCAAAUGUGGGUAGUGACACAUCAUCAGGGUGUAGAAUUUCUACGCUCAUUACUCAGACAUCAUUUGACGUGGAAAUUAUAGUAAUGAGAUGGCGUAACAAAAUAACCCAGCUGUUUACUCAGGCAGCUACAGGUAUUUCUGCUAUAAAAAGUCAAUUAGUCAUAGUCAAUCAUUUGAAAUGUAGAUAGUAGUGUUCUUCAGGUAAGACAUUUGAUUGCCUGAGAUGCAUUAAGUCCCAGCCUAGGGUGUAAUUGAUUAGUCUAUCAUUCAUUCUAAGGGUUUGUUUGCCUCCUCUUUAUCCAGUAUCCUACAGGCCACAGUCCACAUCCUUCCAGAAAUCAGUCUUCUUUCACACCCUGAGGGUUCACUCUGGUCCUGUUAUCACAAGUUUGGUUGCCAGGCAACCACAGAUGGUGCCCUUGAAAAGCCGUACCAGGUCUCUAUGGGCAAAAACAGGCUGGGAAAGACUAAGUAUCAGAAGGUGAGUGAAAUUUACACAUGUUAUUAGACAAAUUUAUUCAAGGCAGUAAGAGAAGUAAGACGGUUUUUUGCAAGAAGUGUUUUGUUUUUAAUCUCAAUCUCAGUUCGAAUCUAAUCUAAUGUGCAAAGCGAUACAUGUAAGACAUUUUUCAGCAGUGUUAGAUUCUUUCAGCUGUACUUUUUGUGACAAAAAUCAUUGGGGCACCACUUUUGCUCCAGGGGUAAGCUGACAGCUUGGAAGAAAUAUUAUAGUGAGUUAAAUUGGUGGAGAGGAAAAACUUCUUUUUUGGUGGAAGCCACAAUGUAGCUAGCAGGAGCAGGAGAGAGUACCCUCCCCUCCCUCUGCUCUGAAGAAAUUCUAAUGCCCACCCCACACACCCUGGGUACUUAUGUCCAGAUUUUAUGCACCUUGUCCAACGUGGUAGCUCUCAAUCUCACACUAUUAAUAUAUGGUAAUAGGACUGAGUGGAGUGCAAUUCGGUUUGUAACCAUACAAGUGAUUAACAAAAUCAGAUGACCAGGUUGUGGGAGACCGAAUUGGACGACAUGAAGUUCUGUUAAAUUACCAAUUAAUCAUAACUAUUACAAAACUUCUGAUAUGUUUGGCUUUUGUAAAUCAAAACACAAUAAAAUCCAAGAAUUUUUGCUAGCAGUGAAAAAAAAAAACGCCAUUUAGGUGGGCGUGUGAUGGUGCGUAUGGUCCAAUUUCUUAGGCAUGACACGUACUGUCCUGUUAGGCUGAAAUCAGGACAGUUGAUAGCCAAACGGAUUUGAGAGUUUUGUUAUAGUUAUGAUUAAUUUGAUAAUCAUGUCUAAGAGGUGAUGACUGUCAGACAGUGUUAAAUAAUGCUUGUCUUUGUAUUAGUGUCUAAAUGAUAAAGAUAUUAUCUGCUACAUGUAAUUAGUGUUGCCAUUUAUUAUGUACCUGUAGGUAGCUGUCAGUCUAAGUUCAUGGCCAAGAUGGGUGUAUGAACUCUACAAUCCCGUAAGUUGUCUCAGACUUUAGAUUGUUAUGGUCACACAAUAAGAUUUCACGACAGACCCAAAAGUUAGAAAUUACACACUGAGCUAAAUAGUACCUUAAUAGUACUAUGUGAGAACACUGCUAAAGAAGUUUAAUUUGAGUGUUCAACCCAUAAGAUUUCAUUCACGGACACAGACCCUAAGGUCGCAACUACGUACAAAACAAAUAGUACCCUGAGAAAGCACUGCUGAAGAGGUGUCAUUUGAAUGGUAACACCAUAGGAUUAGAACUACAUUCAAAACAAAUAGUGCCAUGUGAAAGCACUGCUGAAGAGGUUUCAAGUUAAUAGUCUACACUAUGGGGCACAUGUCAUAUUUUGUGCUAGACUGAUGAGUGGUCCAAACUUUUUCUGUCCUUAGCUACUAUGGGCCUAGUUAGUCUAAACUGGUACGCGUUUUCUGAGAAAACUACAUUAAACCGAAACAAAUUGAAUGUAAUGUUUUCACAGAAAAGACUAAACGUCUGCAAUACUCUUUUCGUUAUGUUGAAAAAAAAUACGACUCAUUUUGUAUUGUCGACAUCACUUUGUAAUUAGUUAUAUUCUCUAUAAUUCUUACCAUCUUGUAGAAAAAUCUUCCAAAUCUAAAAGAGUCGUCCAAAUUGUCCAAAUUAUUUGUAAAUGACUUUCAAGAAAGUUUCUACUCUACUGAUUAUCUUUCAGUUUGUGUUAAUGGAGUUAAUAAAGAAGGAGCUGAAAAGUUGGAGUGAAACUCUACGGAUUGACAAUGUUCCUAAAGCGCCAACAGGUAGGUAUGGCUGCACUCACGUGCGCUGGAAAGGAAAAUUAAAGACGUUUUGACGAUUAAAAUUAAAAUAACUGUUAGAAAUCAUAAAGGUGAAAAAAAGGUAAAGGCGCAGACGAUCCAAAGGCCCGAACUACCGGAGCAGUAUGUCGCCGGUACCCAUUUAUACACCUGGGUAAAGAGAGACAAAGUGGAGUAAAGUUCCUUGUCUAAGGAAACAACGCGACGGGCGAGGCUCGAACCCCGGACCUCCAGAUCCGGAGUUCGAGGUGUUAACCGCAUGAUUACACACGCCUCCACGGAAGUCAUAUUUAGUAUGACCGGGCCCCAGGUCCACACUAAUCUGGACAUUUUUAAACCUGCGUAUUUAUUUACCCGGAACGGCGCUUAAUAACAACUCUAAAUAGCGGGUUCGGUGAGCGGAUUCACUAGUUUCGUGUAGACCGAAGGCCGAGUCCUUUUAAAAAAUAUGCAGUUUCAAAAAUAUCCGGAUUCAUUUUGACGGGGCAUAUCAAACAAUGUUUAACUACUUCUUUUCACAGCAAAUUGACGUUUUUUACCUUUAGAUUUCUCGUUUUGGGUGGCAGCCAACAUGCCUCUGGACGAUAACCUAAGACUUCAAAUACUGAGCAUAAACUGUCCCACCCAGAGACUGCGAAGAGAACUAGAGAUUGUGAGAAAGGUAAGUGAAGGUUAUAACUGGUUUGCCCACUGA